AUGCUCGACGGUCUCCAUUAUUUCGACGGCGUGGAUUGCUUGACGGAUAGGGAGACGAUCGAUGAGAACAAGCCAGAAGGGAUCCGGUCGGAGAGCCCUCCGAUUCCCGAGAGCCCGAGGAAUUGUCCGCGAAGAGAGAUCAAGCGACGACGAAAAUCCUCGAGAGGCAUCAAGAGCGUCGACAAUACCUGUCCCAUUUGUGAGAGGACUUUUCAACAGCUCGGUCAUCUGAGGGCUCAUUUCUUCCUGCACACUGGUGAGAAACCCUUUGUCUGCGAAAUCUGCGACAAAUCCUUCGCUCAAUCAGGCCAUCUGAUCUCACACAUAAAUAGUCAUACUAGUAACCGACCUUAUGUGUGCGACUAUUGUGGCAAACGCUUCACGCAGAGUGGCCAUAAGAGGAAUCACGAGCGCGCUCAUUUGGGCAUUCGGCUUUACAAAUGUGAUCAGUGCGAUAAGGCCUUCACUCAGUCCGGUCAUCUGGUCAAUCACCUUCGGAUCCAUGACGGCGACAAGCCAUACACCUGCGAAGUCUGCGGCAAGACAUUCACUCAGUCGGGCCAUCUCAAAAGCCAUAUGAAGAAGCACUACAACUUCAAGAGCGAGUCGCUAGAGUCGCAUGAUUGUCAAUUCUGCGGGAAACAGUUCUCACGGAAUGAGUUCCUCAAUGAUCAUCUGAAGAUACACCGGGAUCCGCGACCGUUUACCUGUCCCCGUUGUCCAGCGAAAUUCUCGAGCCUGACAUUCUUGGGUAUUCACGCGGUCCUACAUAUCGAGCAGGAGUGA